AUGGAGGACGGAAAGCCCGUUUGGGCGCCACACCCUACAGAUGGGUUUCAGAUGGGCAACAUCGUGGAUAUUGGCCCUGACAGCUUAACCAUUGAACCUUUGAACCAAAAAGGCAAGACAUUUUUGGCUCUCAUAAACCAAGUGUUCCCUGCAGAAGAGGACAGUAAAAAAGAUGUGGAAGAUAACUGUUCACUAAUGUAUUUAAAUGAAGCUACACUUCUCCAUAAUAUCAAAGUUCGAUACAGUAAAGACAGAAUUUAUACAUAUGUCGCCAACAUUCUGAUUGCAGUGAAUCCCUACUUUGACAUACCUAAAAUAUAUUCUUCAGAAACAAUAAAGUCUUAUCAAGGAAAAUCUCUUGGGACAAUGCCACCUCAUGUCUUUGCAAUUGCUGAUAAGGCUUUUCGCGACAUGAAGGUGCUUAAGAUGAGUCAGUCUAUCAUUGUAUCUGGAGAAUCUGGAGCUGGCAAAACGGAAAAUACAAAAUUUGUUCUAAGAUAUCUGACUGAAUCCUAUGGAACAGGUCAAGAUAUUGAUGAUCGAAUUGUCGAAGCUAACCCACUCUUGGAAGCCUUUGGAAAUGCAAAGACUGUUCGCAACAAUAAUAGCAGUCGAUUUGGAAAAUUUGUCGAAAUACAUUUCAAUGAAAAGAGUUCAGUUGUUGGAGGAUUUGUUUCCCAUUAUCUUCUAGAGAAAUCUAGGAUCUGUGUUCAAGGUAAAGAAGAGAGGAAUUAUCAUAUCUUUUAUAGGUUGUGUGCUGGUGCUUCUGAAGAUAUUAGGGAAAAACUUCAUUUGAACUCCCCAGAUAAUUUUCGGUAUUUAAACCGAGGCUGCACUAGAUACUUUGCUAACAAGGAAACUGACAAGCAAAUUUUGCAGAACAGAAAAAGUCCUGAGUAUCUUAAAGCAGGUUCCUUGAAAGAUCCUUUGUUAGAUGACCAUGGAGAUUUCAAUAGAAUGUGCACAGCCAUGAAAAAGAUUGGUUUGGAUGAUGAAGAAAAGCUUGAUUUGUUCCGGGUAGUAGCUGGUGUCCUACACCUUGGAAAUAUUGAUUUUGAGGAAGCUGGAAGCACUUCAGGAGGUUGUAAUCUGAAGAAUAAAUCAACUCAGUCUUUGGAAUAUUGUGCUGAAUUACUGGGUUUGGAUCAAGAUGAUCUUCGAGUAAGUUUAACUACAAGAGUCAUGCUAACAACAGCAGGGGGCACCAAAGGAACAGUUAUAAAGGUACCCCUGAAAGUGGAGCAAGCCAACAACGCCCGGGAUGCCUUGGCAAAGACUGUGUAUAGCCAUCUUUUUGAUCAUGUGGUAAACAGAGUAAAUCAGUGUUUCCCUUUUGAAACAUCAUCCUACUUUAUUGGAGUCCUAGAUAUUGCCGGAUUUGAGUACUUUGAACACAACAGUUAUGAGCAAUUUUGCAUCAACUAUUGCAAUGAAAAACUUCAACAGUUUUUCAACGAAAGGAUACUGAAGGAGGAACAAGAACUCUAUCAAAAAGAAGGUUUGGGUGUUAAUGAAGUGCAUUACGUGGAUAAUCAGGACUGUAUAGAUUUAGUUGAAGCAAAAUUAGUGGGGAUAUUGGACAUUUUGGAUGAAGAAAAUCGCCUUCCCCAGCCCAGUGAUCAACACUUUACAUCUGCAGUCCACCAGAAGCACAAGGAUCAUUUCCGACUCACUAUUCCCAGAAAAUCUAAGCUGGCAAUUCAUAGGAACAUCAGAGAUGAUGAAGGCUUCAUCAUCAGGCAUUUCGCAGGGGCAGUGUGCUACGAAACAACCCAGUUUGUGGAAAAAAAUAACGACGCUUUGCAUAUGUCUCUUGAAUCCUUAAUAUGUGAAUCCAGAGAUAAGUUUAUACGGGACUUAUUUGAAACAUCCACAAAUAACAACAAAGACACUAAACAAAAAGCAGGAAAACUUGGCUUCAUCAGUGUGGGAAACAAGUUUAAGACACAGUUAAAUUUGCUUCUGGAUAAACUUCGAAGUACUGGAGCGAGCUUUAUUCGUUGUAUAAAACCUAAUUUAAAGAUGACAAGCCAUGACUUUGAAGGUGCUCAAAUUUUGUCACAACUUCAGUGUUCAGGCAUGGUGUCUGUCUUGGACUUGAUGCAGGGGGGCUUCCCCUCACGAGCUUCAUUCCAUGAACUCUACAACAUGUAUAAAAAAUACAUGCCAGACAAACUCGCAAGGCUAGAUCCAAGACUGUUUUGUAAGGCUCUUUUUAAAGCUUUGGGCUUAAAUGAAAUUGACUACAAGUUUGGGUUAACAAAAGUGUUUUUUAGACCCGGCAAGUUUGCAGAAUUUGAUCAGAUUAUGAAGUCUGACCCUGACCACUUAGCAGAGUUGGUUAAGAGAGUCAACCACUGGCUUAUCUGCAGUCGCUGGAAGAAGGUUCAAUGGUGCUCCCUCUCAGUCAUCAAAUUGAAAAACAAGAUAAAAUAUCGAGCUGAAGCCUGCAUUAAAAUGCAGAAAACUAUUCGAAUGUGGCUUUGCAAAAGGAGACACAAACCUCGCAUCGAUGGUCUGGUUAAGGUGGGCACACUGAAAAAACGGCUUGAUAAGUUCAAUGAGGUAGUAAGUGCAUUGAAGGAUGGAAAACCAGAGGUGAAUAAGCAGGUCAAGGAUCUUGAAAUUUCUAUUGAUGCGUUAAUGGCCAAAAUUAAGUCCACUAUGAUGACAAGGGAACAGAUACAGAAAGAAUACGAUGCACUAGUUAAAAGCUCAGAGGAGCUCCUCAGUGCUUUACAGAAAAAGAAACAGCAGGAAGAGGAAGCGGAAAGGCUGAGACGUAUUCAAGAAGAAAUGGAAAAAGAAAGAAAAAGACGUGAAGAAGAUGAACAACGUCGAAGAAAGGAAGAGGAGGAAAGGCGGAUGAAACUUGAGAUGGAAGCAAAGAGAAAACAAGAAGAAGAAGAGAGAAAGAAAAGGGAAGAUGAUGAAAAACGUAUUCAGGCUGAGGUGGAGGAGCAGCUGGCCCGACAGCGGGAGGAGGAGUCCCAGCAGCAGGCGGUGCUGGAGCAGGAGCGCAGGGACCGCGAGCUGGCGCUGAGGAUCGCCCAGAGCGAAGCCGAGCUCAUCAGUGACGAGGCCCAGGUGGACCUGGCGCUCCGCAGAGGUCCUGCUGUACAAGCCACCAAGGCAGCUGCUGGAACCAAGAAACAUGAUCUCAGUAAAUGGAAAUAUGCAGAACUACGUGAUACCAUCAAUACUUCUUGUGAUAUUGAGCUUCUGGCAGCUUGUAGAGAAGAAUUUCAUAGGAGACUAAAAGUGUAUCAUGCUUGGAAGUCCAAGAACAAGAAGAGAAAUACUGAGACAGAGCAACGUGCUCCAAAGUCUGUUACUGAUUAUGAUUUUGCAACAUUUUUGAACAAUUCACCUCAGCAGAACCCGGCUGCUCAGCUCCCUGCCAGGCAGCAGGAGAUGGAAAUGAACAGACAGCAGCGCUUCUUCCGCAUCCCAUUCAUCCGCCCUGCGGACCAGUACAAAGACCCGCAGAACAAGAAGAAAGGCUGGUGGUACGCCCAUUUCGACGGACCUUGGAUUGCCCGGCAAAUGGAACUCCAUCCUGACAAGCCACCCAUCCUUCUUGUGGCUGGUAAGGAUGACAUGGAGAUGUGUGAGCUGAACCUUGAAGAGACAGGCCUGACUCGAAAGCGUGGUGCUGAGAUUUUGCCAAGACAGUUUGAAGAGAUCUGGGAGCGCUGUGGAGGCAUCCAGUACCUUCAGAACGCAAUUGAGAGCAGACAGGCGAGGCCCACGUAUGCCACGGCCAUGCUGCAGAAUCUGUUAAAGUAG